GCGCGUGACGCCCUCCGCGCUCCGCCUCCUGCUCCUUGCUCCCGGCGCCGCCGAGCUCGGCCCGGAGCUGGUGCAGCCAUGGAGCUGGAGCGUGAGUGUCGGGUGCUCUCUAUCCAAAGCCACGUCGUUCGCGGCUACGUGGGCAACAAGGCGGCCACCUUUCCCCUGCAGGUUUUGGGAUUUGAAGUUGAUACGGUGAACUCUGUUCAGUUUUCAAACCAUACAGGUUAUGCCCACUGGAAGGGUCAGGUGUUAAAUUCAGAUGAGCUUCAUGAGCUGUAUGAAGGACUUAAGCUGAACAAGGUCAACCGGUACGAUUAUGUACUUACAGGGUAUACAAGGGACACAUCGUUUCUUGCAAUGGUGGUGGAUAUUGUCCAGGAGUUGAAGCAACAGAAUUCUAACCUAGUAUAUGUAUGCGAUCCAGUGAUGGGUGACAAAUGGAAUGGAGAUGGCUCUAUGUAUGUGCCCAAGGAUCUUCUCCCAGUCUACAGGGACAAAGUUGUACCUGUUGCUGAUAUAAUUACUCCUAACCAGUUUGAAGCCGAGUUACUCACGGGCAGGAAGAUUCACACAGAAAAGGAAGCUUUAGAGGUAAUGGAUAUGCUCCAUGCCAUGGGACCAGAGACUGUGGUGAUCACAAGCUCAGAUCUACAAGCACCUCUAGGAAAUGACUACCUAAUUGCCCUGGGAAGCCACAGAAAAACUAAAGCAGAUGGUACUAAGAUGACACAAAGAAUUCGAGUGGAAUCUCCUAAAGUGGAUGCUGUCUUUGUUGGAACAGGAGACUUGUUCGCUGCUAUGCUUUUGGCAUGGACACAUAAGCAUCCAAACAAUUUGAAGGUAGCAUGUGAAAAGACUGUGUCAGCCAUGCAACAUGUUCUGCAAAGGACCAUUAAGAGUGCAAAAGCACAAGCUGGAGAAGGAAACAAACCAAACUCAGCCCAGCUGGAACUGAGAAUGGUCCAAAGCAAAAAGGACAUAGAAAACCCAGAGAUCAUAGUGAAAGCCACAGUGUUAUAAAGGUUGUAUGUCUCCAAUAACGCACAAUGUAUUGAUGUCCUCAUUUCUUUCCUGUAAAUUGUAAUAUUUGCCUUAGAUCUGUGACAGAAAUCUGAUUUUCAUGAAAUAGUGCCCAGCAUAGGCAGAUAUCCACUCUCAAACAUAUGUGCUGGCCUUGCUCAGUUUUAAAAACAAGUUGGUGUGCAUUGAAGCAUAUUGCCGGGCAUCAAAAUGGCUGUCAAAUUCACGUGGUCUGUGUUACUACCCAGGGCAAGAGAGUACAAUGUUCACAAUGUUCCUGCCUUGCCAAAGACUUUAGAUGUGAAUUUGCUAAUGGAAUGCUUGACUGACUGGAAAAUAUUUUUCAAGAUGGCAUCCAGUGCCAAUGGAGCUGGCUCCAUGCUCCCUUUUCCUGGAGGUAUCUGGUUACCUACUCUGGUAUUCAGUAUCUCAGCUGCUAUGAAACUAAGCAGGGUUAAAACUACACACAAAGUUCUGAUUGUGUGUAGGAGUACUUUGAAGAAGUUUGGCAUUUUAAGUUCUCUGAAGUGACCUUGAGGAGUCAUUCACAUUACUGAUAACUGCUCCUGUUUCUUGUCUAUGAAGAGCUGCACAGUUUCAGUUUUUGCAGGUACUGGCUGCUUAUUUCUGGUGUCUGUGGGCACCCACAUGAUUUUCUUCCAAAAGCUGCUCCAGAAACAUCUUCAUUAAUAUGAAUUCAGUAGCACUGAUUAGAAGUUUGUAGUUCUGCCUCUGAGGCCAGGUUUGAUUCUUUAUUUUUAACUAAGGACAAACAUUCUGUAAGGACAAAAGAGAAAGCAGCUCUUCCCCUGAAAGCUGGCUACCCUAGUUUGUUCUUCAUGGGCGCAUGCAUUUACAAACUACCUAGGGCACUUCCAUUUAACAGUAGUGAGCAGUAUGGGAAGGCUUAUCAAUGAAGCAAUGUUGUAAAAGUAGUAUUUGUAAUUUACUAAACCUUACUAAACUAUGUAUGUUUACCAAAUGCAGUGAAACAUACAACAUUAAUCUGUUCAUAAUGUCUCUGCAGCCUACACUGAUUAGAGAUGACAGAAAUGCAUUAUUAUUAAUGCAUCUUUAUUUCAAAAUUCUGCUUCAUAAGGUUUCAAAAUUGGAUUCUUAAUAAUUUCAGCAUCCUAUACAUCGCAGGCACAUACUACACCAGUAGGGCAAAUACGCUGACAGUACUGACCACUUGUACUUCCAUAUGAUUUCUGUAUGAAACUGAGGCUCUUGCUUUUCCCGAGAUGAGGUCUAGUGUGAUGUUAAAACCAAAUUCAGUUGAUGCUUUAUUUGGUUAAGAUGAUAGGGAGAUUAAAAUUGCAUUUCUAUUUCCAGUGACAUGAAGAAAAUUUGUAUUAGUGGAAAGGGCUAAUUUUUCCUUGAUUACUCGAGUAUGCUCAGGAAACUCACUCUUGGGUAUCUCCAAGAUAACUUUUCCUUUAUCUUCCUCAUCACACCUGCCUAACAGAUAGUGUCACCUGCAUAGCUUGGAAGUCCCCAGAAGAGCUGGUUUGGAGAUUGCUUUGGCAAUUUAUCCAACCAUUUUUGUGGAUUUUCUGCCACUGUAAAGUUAAUUGGGUUCACCUGGUAGAAGAGUAAUUUAUCCUUAAGGUGAAUUUUUGGCUGAAUGGAUUUUUUUUUUAUAGAGUAAGAUUUCAUAAUUAAUAAUAAUUUUUUAAAUCCCCCAUAUUUUUUAUUUCAUGAAGCAAAUGAAAUUUAAGAGAGGAACGUGUUUUGCAGUAAAUGUAAGAGGCAAACUUUAGGCUUUCAGUCACAACAACAAAUAAUCAUUUUUUUCUUUCAUGCAUUUGACAUUAAAAAAAAAUAAAUUCAUAUGUUGUGAGACUUUUAAGGAGGGUGGAAACCCCAACAGAAACGGCCUGCAGAAUGUGACUCUACUGCCACAGGUUUUAGUAACCACUGCCAUAAAGUAAUUUUCUAGCAAUAAUAAUUUCAGGGAUGUGAACAGUUGCUAAAAUUAUCAGUCAGUAAUAGAGAUGCUGGGGUAAGGGUUGGACUGAAUGAUCUUAAAGGUCUUUUCCAACCUGGUUGAUUCUAUGAUUCUAUGAGCUCAUGGCUGAUAUCAGUUCAUGUCUUUUUCCAUGUUGGCUAUCUUGACAGUGUGUAUAAAUGUCUUAUGGAAAGAAGUGAAGAAGGCUCUUCUUGCUGGUGCCCAGCAAAAGAGUAGGAGGUAAUGUGCACAAAUUGAAAUACAGGAAAUUACAUUUAAACAUUAAAAAAAUACAAAUCACUGUGAGGAUGAUAGAACACUGGCACAGGUUGCCCAGAGAGCUUGUAGAGUCUCCACUCUUGAAAAUACUCAAAACCUGACUGAACGUGGCCCGGAGUAACCUGCUGUACUUGACCUUGCUUGUGCGGUGAGAUUCGUUUCCAGAGGUCACUUCCAGCCUCAACCAUUCUGUGAAGUACAACAAAUUGCCUUUCUUUGUGGCACUGUAUUUUUAAAUUAAUGCAAAUAGGUUUUUUUCUUCCUGAGACACAAACUUCCCAAACAUGCUAGGAGGUUGCUCAGCAUUAAUAAUUUGCCCCCUUUUUAGGUAUGCUGCUUUUUGCUUGGGCAGUUGUGCUAGGAAUGCAGUUGCCUUUUUUGAUAGUUGAAUUCAGGAAAGGUACUUGAAUAUUGUUGCUGGUGAUGCAUUCCAGCAGUUGAAUACAAAAGGAUUUUAACUGUUUAUAGCAUUGAUUAAAGAAGUCUUGCAUGCCAUAUUCCAAACAUAACUGUGAGUUUAUUUAUCUUUUAAAAUUAGAUUUAUUUCGUGUGGAAGCAUAUAAUCCCUACCAUACUUUUGGAAAGAAGGGGUCAAUAUACUGAACUUCCCUGUCUAUACAUAUCAUGGUUGACUUUGUGGCAUUAUGCUUGACACCCUUACCCGCCUCGAAUGUGUGACCCAGGAAGUGGAUCCUGCUGCACUGUUUUUCCAUAGCCAGAGCUGUGGAUUGCCCAGCACUCCCUGCAUUAACUUCAUUGCCAGUCACGUAACACAGCCCAGCUUCGGAGUUGCAUGGGGCCAAAUUGGGGGCCAUAUGGUGGCCAUCCCUGCUCUAGUGCAGUGCAAAACGUAGAUUUCCAGUUCUUCACAUCAGCGGAUCAGCAGGAGAGAGAAGCUCAAAACUGGCUUUUUAAUUUUUUUUGUAAGAAGCAAUAAUUAAGCGCUGUCAGAAAAACCUCUCCUGUUGUGAGCAUGUACUACAGAAAGCCCUUUUAGUAAGUGUGAAACGGCACAAUUGCCACUAAAAAAAAGUAGACUUUCACAAGGGAAGUGAGAGAAAGGCAAGGGCUGGCUUACUUUGAAAUAAAGAAGCUUGGGAUGUAGGGAACCUAAAGCUACCUUGCAAUCAAUGUUUUAUCUGUAAACCAUAAUGAACUGUCAUCUUGACACAAAAAUCUACAUGUUUGUUGGAGCAGCUUCUACCUGUCAGGUGUGGUCUUUUCCCACUAUGGAUCAGUUCAGUAAUUCGCACCUUCCCUAGAAACUAUGACAUAUCCAUAUGAAGAAAAAAAAUCAACAAAAACUAAUGCGCUCAAUUUGCAAAUGUUCAUAUUUUGAAGUAGCUGGAUUCUGUAGCAAUGGGCUGAUAGCUUCUUCUGCUUAAACCUCUGGGAGUUGCUAAUGUGAUACUUGUUUUAAACUCUCACUCACCUAAUCUAAAUUAGGUUGGGUUUAUGUCUUCAGUGAAGAAUUAGGCUUAACAUCUCUUAACAGGAACAAACAACAGAAAUUAUCUGUAAAUAUAUUCUGUAGCUAGCGUUUUGUAGUCACAACAGGCUAUCAGGUAUUUUUAAAUGUCAAGGUACACAUACUUGGCUGCAUUUUUAUCUGUUAAGAGCUACACAGCACUUUUUCAUAUGGUUGGCAGAACAAAAUUCAAAGACUCAGCAUGGUCCUGUCCAGUCUUUUAUUCCUUCCUGUCCUUCUGCAUAUAAUAUCUGUAUCUAUUUCUGAGUUCCUACCUGGUGCAGCUAGAAGGUGUCUCAAUAUUAGACAGCAGGAUUGGAGGGGACUUACCAAGGUCAUCUGAUCCACUGGCAGAUCCUUAGAUAAAUAAGAAUGGUUAGACUAAACUAGUUGAGGUCCUAACUGAUUACAGAAGAAAAAGCACUUUAGUCCAGAGAGUUCAAUCAAUAACUAAUGGAUAAUCUUCCAUGACUGUCCUAACAGCAUGAAAGGUGUCUGUAGCCCACCAGUCCAGCAUUCACCAGUUAGGGACUGCUGACUUCACUGUCACACAUACUCCCAUGCGUACGUGUGAAGUUAGCAGCAAAUGAUUCUUCUAACGCGUACAUAUAUGCGUGGGAGUGGUGAAUGCUUUUUGUUUGCGUCCCGUCAACUUCCCCACCAUUCUUUCACCCACUGGAAGUAAUUUGUGUUGGAUCUGUUUUUUUCUGGAAUUACUUUUGCAGUGUAUGUGGUCAGCCAUUUUGAUUACUCCCAAGUCCAUUCAUUUGUGGAGCCAUCAUGGAGGAGAGACCAAAAGUUGUUUACAAAAGAUCUACUCUAUUCUGGGCCUGUAUUAGUCUCUACAUGCUUAAAAUUCCCACAUACCUCUUUGGGAGACGUGCAUAAAGACAUUGUGCUACAAUCAGUGCUAUUCACACUCUCUAUAGACAUUUAAGAAAUCUGCUGUAUAAAUUGUUAAUGUUUUAUUUGCUGACUUUUCUCAUAAAUGGAAGAAAUCUAUUGUCAAUAUAUUAUACAGAAGAAUCAAAGGACCAAGGUUUCCAGCCGCUCAUACUGCCUUUUGAUUAUCUUAACUGUGUCCUGAUUGGAUGGUGUUAAUUUGUUGUUCAAGACUGUUAUGGUGAUUGUAUUGAUUUAUUUUAUUUUAAAAUAUGUGGCAAGGAAGAUUGUAAUAAAAGCAUCUGCAUUUAAUAUACUGUGCACACACAAAGUGUUAGAUCCUAUUUUUGCAUAUGUGAAUAAUUUCAGAAUUAAACGGAACAAGAACAGUCCAAUAA